AUGGACGGUUACAUUGAUCGUGUUUUACGAGAUCUGGAUAUCCUCCAGAAGAACCUCAACAAAAGCAAUUCGUAUAAUCCCAUCUUUUCAGACACCAUCAGGAGGAUGAAGUUCCUCAAAACAUUUAUCAAAUCUGAGAUAUCAUGUAGACAGAAGUAUGAUCGAUUACUUCCUAACAUUGAUGAUACAGUUAAGAAAUUUGGAGAGGACAUUCACAUUCUGUCAGUGAGAUCAGAAAGUGAAAGUUUCUCAAAUCUGAUAGGUGUGAGCGAUCAAUUGGUCUUUGACUUUAAAAGACGGAUCGGAGGUUCUCAUGAAGGAAUCGUGCGUGCGUAUGAGCAGAGCAUCUCAUUCGGAUGGUCUUUUGCCACGUUCUACGAGAUUGUGGAAUUCAUAGACCUCGUUCUACAAAAUCUGGUGGAUCUGCAUCUAGUUCGAAAAAAGUCUUAUUGUGCUGCUUUGCGUGCUCAAAUCCAGGACCUUGAAGAAAAGUUAACAUUCUUAAAAAGUUUCGUAUGCUUUGCCAAAUUGGGAGGAUCUAAUCACCACGACUUCAUCCGCUGGCUAGAUCACAUUGUAGCAAUAGCUUUGAAAGCAGCAAGCCUCUCUUACAUGUGUUCCUUUCUUGAUGAAGUUGGUGAAGGGCAUUCAUUUGUUUGCAAAGAUGUAGAAAAGUGUCCCUUCCAUGACGAAAUUGAGUCAGAAUACAUUGGUAAGUUCUGCUCCAUGAUCUGUAAACAAAUUGAGGAGAUCAAGCCUGUUGAUCUUCAAGGGGGUGAGAUUUACAUCGACAUCCUUAAAGCUUCAAAAUCCUCAGCAUCAUCACGUACUAUGAAGAUGGAUGAGCAUAUAUUGAACAACUUCAAUGAUUCUCUCAUAAGUUUUAUCUGGAAGCUUCUAUGCUGCAAUUCCAACUUUAUGGAUUUUCGGAAAGAUGAAUUGGAAAUACUCUUUUCAGAGCUGAGAUUCUUGAGAAGCAUUUUAAGGAUGCCUAUGGAGAAGAAGAAUGAGCUAAAUGAAAAAAUUGGAGGGGGAUGGAGAUUCUUGAGAUGCAUUUUAAGAAAGCCUAAGGAGGAGAAGAAAGAGCUAAAUGAAAGAAUUGGAGCUCUGCUUCGUGAAGCAGGCAUCAUAAUCUGCACGCUUGCUCUGAGCAGAGUAAAAGGAGGAGAUGUUAACUCCUUAGACACCAAAAAAGCUCGUCAUUGUUCUCACAUGCUGGUUAAUAUCAAUAAGCGUAUCAAGCAUAUUACAGAUUUGGCCAGUGUCUCAAGCAGAGGAUGUCUUGCUCCCUGUCAUAGCUUCAAGAUACAAAAAUGUUACAAGCCUUUCAGCUAUAAGCUAUCAAAAGCCAUGAAGUCACAAGCCCUUCGGGAUCUGGCCAGUGUCUCAAGCAGAGGAUGUCUUGCUUCCUGUCGUAGCUUCAAGAUACAAAAAUGUUACAAGCCUUUCAGCUAUAAGCUAUCAAAAAUGUUACCAGCCCUUCAAGUACCAAUGACCCAUGAAGUCACGGUUGGUCAUGAUGAUGAGGCAAAGAAAGUGAGCGAUCGACUUAUUGGAGGACCAGAACAGUUGGAAAUUGUCCCCAUUGUGGGAAUGGCUGGACUUGGUAAGACAACUUUAGCCAAAAGAGUUUACAAUGAUAACUCAAUUAUCUAUAGUUUCCACAUUCGUCUUUGGUGUACUAUUUCUCAAGUAUAUAACAUGAAAGAUUUGUUACUUCAAAUUUUGUGCUCUGAUGGCAAACGUCCUGGGAUCAAUGAAGAGCUCGAAAUUCUGGAUGAACAUGAUUUGCUUCAUAAGCUAUAUCAGAAGUUGAAGGGGAAGAGGUAUCUCGUUGUCUUUGAUGAUGUCUGGGACUUCAGCAUAUGGAAUGACGUGAGAUGUUCAUUCCCAGAUGAGAUGAGAAGUAGUAGAAUCCUCAUCACGAGUCGAUUUUCUAAUGUUGCUUCACAGGUUGAAUGUGGUGGGGAACCUCUCGAUCUUCGCUUGCUCACUGAUAUAGAGAGUUUGCAAUUAUUACAGAAGAAGGUGUUUGGAGAAGAAGAUUGUCCUCAAUCGCUACAUGGACCCAGUGUGGAAAUAGCAAAAUUCUGCAAGGGAUUACCUCUUGCAAUUGUUGCCGUAGCUGGAAUUGUAGCAACUCUAGACCUAGAGCAUGAUGUUUCGGCUUGGGAAGAAUUUGCUAAAAGUUUAACUUCCACCGUGGUCUCUCUCACAGAAACGUGCAAGAAGUCAUUAGAGCUCAGUUAUGAAAAUUUACCACAUCAUUUGAAGCCAUGCCUUCUUUAUUUUGCAGCAUUUGGAGAAGAUGCAAAGAUUGUUACCAGGAAUUUGAUACGUCUAUGGGUUGCUGAAGGGUUUGUGGAGAAUACUGACGGAAAGAAGUUAGAGGACGUGGCAGAAGAAUAUAUGAUGGACCUUAUUGGUCGAAACUUAGUUAUGGUAAGCGAACGCAGCUCGAUGGGAGGGGUCAAAGCUUCUUGUAUUCAUGAUUUGUUACUUGAGUUUUGCAAGUCCAAAGCCAAAGAGACGGAUUUUCUUCGGGUGUUACGAGGAUAUGAUGAGCUUUAUACUUUUAAUGAGCCUCGCUACCCACCUCGAUUGUCCAUUUGCUCCAGUGCAGAAGAUUUUCACAAGUCGAAGCUCUUUUGUCCCCAACUGGGGAGUCUGCUAUUCUUUCGUCAGAAUGCAGGAGACGAUUUUCCACUUGCUGAUGUCUCAUUCCUUUUUUGCAUCUACAAGCAUCUCACAGUUUUGAAUUUAGAGCAUGUUGUCCUGAUACAUAAAGAGCUUCCGACUGAAGUCGAAUCGCUCUGUCGCUUGAGGUAUUUGGCCCUUAGAGCUGAUGCCUUGCGGUUCGUUCCACUAUCUAUAUCCAAUCUCUCGUCCUUGGAAACUUUUUAUCUGCAAUCUUUGGUGGAAGUUUCAUUGCCCUAUACCAUAUGGGAUAUGAAGAAGCUAAGGCAUGUGCGUGUUGGGGGUCGUCUUGGUGCUCGUGUUUUGCCCAGUGAUAAUGUCCUUGAAAACUCCUCCACUUUACCUGGUUUAGACACGCUUUGCUAUCUGAGACUUCCUUUUAAUCAAGAAGGAGAAGCCAUGCUGAGAAGGAUUCCGAAUAUCCGCCAACUGAAAAUUGUGACCGCAGACGUAGGAGAGGAGGUAUGCUGCAACAUGAGUCAGUUAGAUACCCUAGAGUCACUGAACAUAGUCUCGAGUCACUUCCAAGGUCCAAGAAAUCAUUUUGAGCUCUCUUUCCCCAAGAAUUUAAAAAAGUUGCUCCUUUCUGGAUUGAACCUACCCUGGAGUAAAAUUUCAUUGAUUGAACAGCUACCCAAUCUAGAGGUCCUGAAAUUACUUUGUGAUUCAUUGCGCGGCAGAAGAUGGGAGCUGACCGAAGGAGGAUUUCCUAAGCUUAGGGUCUUGACUUUGUCCGAUGUGAAUGUUGUGGAGUGGACAGAGACAGACACUGAUAGUGAUGAUUAUUUUCCUUGUCUUGAGGAGUUAAAACUGGUUGGAGAGUUGAAGUUGGAACGGGUACCUUCUUGCUUAGAGCGUAUAUCAACUCUUGAAAUGAUUAAGGUGUACAUUUGCGGGAAGAGUGACUAUGUCGGAUCUGUUAUAAGUUUAGUACGAGGCAUUGAAGAAGCACAGGAAAACUAUGGAAAUCAGAAUCUGAAGAUCCUCGUCGACUGUCAAGCCUGGUAAAGACAGUGAAGGGCAUCAGCUGGUCCAAGAUGAGGCAAAGCUUGGAAAGAACGGAUGGAAGGAAUGUGGUUGUUCGCAAAGGCAACUUGAAGGAGAAAAUGAAUGAAGUGAUAUAGCAGAUGGGUCAUCAGAGCUCUCAAUGUGCGGAAAGGGAUACUCUCAUCUAGAAUUCUAGAUUGCUACUCAAGAGCAAACAAGACGAGAGAAACUGGGUAUUGCAGUUGUAACCUCAGACUGGAGAAAUAAAGCAAAGGCUGGCUGGUUAUCAUUGAAGAGAAAUCAGGGAGAAGAUGAGAUCUGCACAACAAAGCAUAAUGGUUUUAAAAUAUGCAUCACAAGCAAGGAUUCUGCUGUUAGUGUGGAAGAAGAUGACAGUUGAAGAAGCAAAAGAUUGUGCAUUGCUGAAUUUAGUGAGCAUUGUAUUCCUUUUCUCCUCAAACUCCGGUCAAUUGGCUUAGACAUCUGGACAGCUAUGAAUUAUGAUCUCCUUUUUUUUUUCCCCCUUUUUAGUGAUUUUCACUUUAAGCGCUUUAUUUGAUGUGACUGAUGUAAUUAGC